AUGACCUCCUCAUCAUUUGGCACAGUCCUGUUGUUACAGAUUUUUCCGGCAUUACUGCCUCCCAAGAAUGAUAACGAUCGCGAUUUCUACGCCGUUCUUGACAUCCCUAAAGGCGCCAGUGAACAAGACGUGCGCAAAGCGUACAAAAAGAAAAGUCUAGCAUUGCAUCCCGACAAACAAGCCCAACGAGGCGCAUCAGCUCGAUCCGCCGAAGAAGCCGCACGCGAGUACCAGUUGGUCCAAGAAGCCCAUGCCUGUUUGUCGACUCCAGAAGGUCGUCAACGCUAUCAUGCCGUCCAGUGCAGUCCAACGCGCUAUCGAUUUCUGACCCAAGAAGGAGGACUUGCCAAUCAAACCCAAAUUGUCAAGAAUCUCAGUCAAGCGUCGUUCUCCGACAAGACGCGAUUGGUCCUCUUUGUGUCGUUGUUUCCGGCAUUGCUGCUAGUACAACCCAUUCUCAUUUGCGUCAAGAUCAAUCACUUGUUGGCACAAUCGGGCGGCGCUUUGGAAAAUGCGUCUUGGAUGGCCAUUCUCAUUCCCUGGUGGGUCUUUCAUUCCCUGUUCAUUCUCUUUUGGGUGGUGGUUCUGGCGGCCGCCAGGGCCAGUCAUCCUCCUGCCAUGUUUGCCAUUGUCACCACCAUCGUAGAACAAAUUCUAUGGUUGAUUGCCUUUAUUGUGUUGGCAUUGCGAUGGGAUCAGGUCAUCACCGCCGACUAUGCACUCGUCUUUAUUCCAGUCUACCUGGCACUCAUUGCCAAAUGGGUUCACACGAUACUUCUCAUGCAACAAAUUGCAGAAGACAUGGCCAAAAUGGUCUCCAAAGAUCAUUUCCUUACUGUCAUUUUACAAGGACGGGAACCAGAGCAAUUGGAAGAAGAAGAACUGAAAGACUUGCACGACAAAUACGUGGUCGUACAACAAAUACCCGCCGAUGUCGAGCACGCAUUGGAAAACGACUCCGCACUGAAAAACUUGCCCGACGAGGAAAAAGAAGAAAUUCGAGUCACGUCGUCCAAAGAAUUUGAAGCCGCCAUGGAAGCUUUUAAUGAUGCACGCUUGGCCAUUUUCCGAUCCAUGCUCUUUGAGGUUGCCUUUUUGGUACUCGUCAUUCUCAAAGUUGAUGAUCACGCUCCGAUUUUGAGUUGGUGGAUUGUCUUUUGUCCCAUUCUGUCGUCGUAUACAGCACGGUAUGUACGAACGUGUUUUGCAUGUUGUUGUCAAGCCACACCCGCCGUGGAUCCAGACGAAGCCGUAGUGCUGGCGGCCAUGGAGAAAAAGGCACAAGAAGAAGAAGAAAAGACAAAAAACAAGGGAUUUGAUCUCGAGUCGACCGUCAUAUUGCACAGUCUCAACACGGAAGAAUUCAAUGGCAAGACGGGAAUCAUCAAGGGACCACUCGACGCAGAAACAGGUCGUCAGCAAGUAUUCAUUCCACAACUCAACAAAACCGCAGCGCUCAAAUUGGACAAUUUGACGCCGAUGGAUGGUGCUGGCGGUGUAGCCUAUGGGCAUGCGUCCAUCAAUAUUGACACGACUGCAGGGGAAAACAAGGACAAUUCUGCAGACGCCAAUGACAAUAGUACUCCAACAACAACGGACGACAAAAAGGAGGAAACCGCGGCGGAGAAACCACAAUCAGCAGCCAACGAAAACAAGGACGAAACCGACCAAGGUGGGAAUGGCAACAGUGCUGCUCAGGCUGCUACUCUUGCUACUGACCAACCUUCCUCGUCACCCGACAAUCCAGCCUAUGGUACUUUUGAGGAUGGUGAAAAGAAGGACAAUGACGAUGACGAUGGCAGCAUUCACAUUGAAGUGGAUGCAGAAACCUACCGAGCAUAUCAAUCGGCGUAUGCGGCUGCCGAAGCAACUGCCAUGGAAAAACGAGUCAAAGCGGGACAAGACAAUUGCGUCACGACCAUCCGACUCGUCAUGGUGUGCCUAUUAGUCGCCAAACUGGAACUAUCGUACGCAGCCAUUGAAGAACGAGAACAAAAUGAGGAUGCCGAUGUCGAUGUGGGAUUCAAUACGCUGUGGCUGAUCUUUCCACUCUUCCUCGUGGCUGGAUUGAUGAUGGGUUGUUGUGCCUGUCUCAUUUACAGUGCACCCGACCCAGACGAACUCAUGCAGCAUGAGGGCGAGAAUAAUGAAGAAGGCGACGAAGAGGCAGGCGGACAAGACACGCCCAUUGUAGUUGCACCACCUCCUGAAAUGGACGUGCCAUCUCCGAACGAGGCAGCCAGCGCACAAUCCACAGAACCGGACGCCCCACCAGAAGCCGCAAACAAUGACGGUGAAGAUGACGCAAAAAAGAAAGAAGACGCAGCUGCGGUAGACGAACAAGACAAUCCAACGUCCCCACCUCCGGUGGAAGAAGAUGUGGGUGGAGAUAUGAAUGAUUUAGACUAG